UGUUUCCAGUGCAUAGUAACAAUAUGCAGAAAUACAGUUUACUAUUGAUACAUCUCUUUCUAGUCCAGUAUUUCUCAUUUUCUUUAUCCGCUACUUCCUCAAAUGAAACAGACCUACAAGCUCUACUAGUUUUCCAAAAUCUUAUUACAAGUCCUAGGCACUUUUUGGCCAAGAACUGGACCAAGAAUACUUCUUUUUGCUUUUGGUUUGGUGUCACUUGCAGUACAAAAAGGCAAAGAGUUGUGGCCUUGGCUCUUCCUAAUUUGCAACUUCAAGGCACAAUUUCCUCGUCUUUGGCCAAUUUGUCCUUUCUCAAAGAGCUCAAUCUGGGGAACAACUUCUUCUAUGGCGGCAUCCCUUAUGGCAUUGGCCACUUGCCUCGCUUACGAGUGAUUGAUAUUCAGAACAAUCAGCUAGAAGGAAGUAUUCCGACAACUCUAUUUCAACACCAAAAAGUUCAAAAGAUUUCUUUGGCUUACAAUAAACUCAAUGGUGAAAUGUGGAAAGGGCCAUGGUAUGUACCGGAACUCAGAAUCUUAAAUCUCAAUAACAAUAGCCUCAUGGGUAUAAUCCCUCCUUCCAUUGGAAAUGCCACAAAGUUGUUGCAUUUCAAUUUGUCUAAUAAUAGAGUCAGUGGUAACAUUCCGAAGGCGAUCAGUAAUCUAAGCCAACUUAAAAAGUUGUCCUUGUACAAUAAUCAAUUAACAGGUUCUAUUCCUGCAGUAUUGUUUAACAUCUCUUCGCUUCUUUACGUGUCUCUGAAAUUCAAUAGCCUUUCUGGUCCUCUCUUGCUUGAUGAAGGAAAUAUCGAGUCAAAUCUAGAGAUAUUAAGUAUAUCUUAUAAUCAAAUUUCUGGUCAAAUUCCUUCCAACAUAUGCCAACUCACAGAGCUCAAUGUUUUGUCCAUAUCUUUCAACAAUAUAACUGGAGAAAUACCCAAAAAUAUUGGUUGUUUAUCCAAGCUCGAAGAGUUCUAUAUUGGUGAUAAUCCAAUAAAAGGGAAUAUUCCCAAUUCAUUGGGCAAUAUUUCCACUCUGCGAAAUCUUUAUUGUAAAAGAAAUCGCUUGGAGGGACCAAUUCCUCCAGAAUUGGGGAAGCUAUCAAAUUUGAGGCAAUUAUCGUUUACCGAUAAUUAUAAUCUUAUUGGUGAAAUUCCAAAAGCUAUUUUCAAUAUAUCUUCUUUGGAAAUAAUUGAUUUUAGUUUCAACAACCUCUCGGGGAGAAUUCCAGCCACUACAGGUCUUCAUCUUUCGAACCUUAGGGCACUUGAUUUGGGGGUAAAUCAGAUCAAAGGGGAAAUUCCAUUGUUCAUAACAAAUGCUUCCAAGCUUGAGGUACUGGAUCUAGGACGGAAUUUUCUCACAGGAACUAUUCCUACUAAUCUGGGAAAUCUUCGUGAGCUGGGAUUUCUGCUCCUACAUACCAAUCAACUUACCAAUGAACCAAGAGAGCAUGAGUUGCCAUUCUUCUAUUCUUUGGCGAACUGUAGGAUGUUGCGAUAUCUACAAGUGGGUUCCAAUCCAUUGAAUGGUGUUUUGCCCAAUUCAAUUGGGAAUCUUUCAUCUACUAUUGAAUACUUUCAUAUAGAAAAAGCACACAUCAACGGCUUCAUCCCCACAAGAAUAGGCAACAUGAGCGGUCUAAUUAGGCUAGACUUUCGAGAAAACAAUUUGACAGGGAGUAUUCCUUCUGAGAUUGGUAAGCUAAAACAACUUCAAGGGAUGUAUCUAUCUAACAAUAAAUUGCAGGGACUUAUUCCAGAGGUGGUAUGCCAUUUAUCUAAUUUAGUUCAAUUAGAUCUAGGUUAUAAUGAGCUCUUUGGGUUAAUUCCAACAUGUAUAGGAAAUUUUAGCAUGCUACAAUAUAUUUCUUUGAGUUCUAACAAAUUUUCAUCAAAGCUACCUCUAAGCCUUUGGAAAAUGAGGGGUCUUCUUUAUCUAUACAUGUCACAGAGUUCAAUAGUGGGAGAAGUACCACCGGAUAUUAGAGAACUAAAGGCCAUUAUAGAAAUUGAUAUUUCUGGUAACCGCUUUUCGGGGAUGAUACCAAGCAAUUUGGGCCUCCUCCAAAAUCUGAAGAGUCUUAACCUAUCCAACAAUUCAUUUUCAGGCCCAAUUCCAUUAUCCUUUUCCAAAUUGAUAAGCUUGGAAUUCUUGGAUUUGUCUUUAAAUAGCUUGUCAGGUACUAUUCCUAAGACAUUGGAAAAACUCUCAUACCUUAAAAGCAUCAAUGUCUCAUUUAAUAGUUUAAAAGGUGAAAUACCCAAUGGUGGUGUGUUUGCAAAUUCCACUCUGCAAUCAUUUCUUGGGAACAAAGGUCUAUGUGGAAUGCACAUGUUGGAGGUUCUUGCUUGUUCUAUCACUAAUCCUGGACAACAACCAAAGUUUAAGGCGCUUCUGCUAAAAAUUGUUACUCCAGUGGUUAUUUCAUCCUUUCUAAUAUUCUUGUUGGUCUCAAUUUGGAUAAUGAAACGAAAGAAGAAAGGAAAGUCCAAAGAUGUUGAAAAGGUUAUAGAGAACAAAACUUAUCAAUUUAUUUCUUAUCAUCAGAUUCAACGAGCAACAAAUAAUUUUGAUGGAUCAAAUUUAAUUGGUGUGGGAAGCUCUGCCUCUGUGUACAAAGGCACAUUAUCUAGCGGAAGUAUUGUGGCCAUAAAGGUUCUAGAUUUGGAAAAUGAUAAAUUAUGCAAGAGGUUUAAUACGGAAUGUGAAGUCAUGAGAAAUGUUCGACACAGAAAUCUUGUCUCAGUGAUCACUACUUGCUCUAGCAAACACAUAAGAGCGUUUGUAUUGCAGUACAUGCCCAAUGGAAGUCUUGAUAGUUGGUUGUACAAAGAAGAUCGCCAUUUGAUCCUUCUUCAAAGAGUCACCAUAAUGUUUGAUGUGGCUAUGGCAAUUGAGUAUCUACAUUAUGGUAAUGACACCCCAAUAGUUCAUUGUGACCUAAAGCCAGCCAAUGUUCUUUUGGAUGAAGAAAUGGUGGCACAUGUUGGUGAUUUUGGCAUCUCUAAGAUUUUAGCCAUAAGCAAGUCUAUGGCACAUACAGAGACAUUAGGCACUCUUGGAUAUAUUGCACCGGAAUAUGGCUCGGAGGGUAUAGUAUCCACUAGUGGUGAUGUUUAUAGCUACGGCAUCAUGCUAAUGGAGGUUUUGGCAAAAAGAAGACCAACAGAUGAAGAGAUACUCAAUGAAAACGUUAGCUUGAGGGAGUGGAUAAGGCGAGCAUUUCCAAGAACUAUGAUGGAAGUUGUGGAUGCUAAUAUUUUUCAUGGGGAAGAACAAAUCACUUCCAAAAGUGAAUUUUGCAUAGCCUCCAUGAUAGAAUUGGCUUUGGACUGCACAAAUGAAAAGCUAGAAUCAAGGAUAACCAUGAAAGAUGUAGUCAAGAGGCUUAGCAAAAUCAAGAAAACAUUUUUGGAAAUGUAGAAGUUAUCUCUUUCGGAGGUGCAUGUGUUUUUUGACCUGCAAGUUAAUAUGUUGCUUUUCUUUUACGUGGUUUCUUUAGUAAAGUCGGUGUAUAGUACUACUUGGAGUCAUGUACUGUUUGUACUUAAGAGUGUUGUAGUUCCUUGUUUUGUGAUUUCACAUUUGAGUGG